AUUCGACAAAAUUCCAACAAUAUAUUCUUUUUUUUUUCAACGACGAAACAUAUUUAACAAAUAAAAAUUAAAUUUAAUUUGUGAUUUAUAUAUAUAUAAUAUAUAAUAUAUAAUAUUGUUUAAAUUAGUAUCAUAAUUAUUAUUGUGUAAUUAAAAUGGAAGGGAAAUUAAUGUUCGUCAUGUUUUUCACCCUACUCUCUAUGAAGAUCGUUAACGCAGGGCCACCAGAUUGGGUACCACCAGAAAUGAUAGAAAUGGUUGCCGGUGAUAAAGCUCGUUGCAUGGAAGAACAUGGAACUUCUCAAGCUCUAAUCGAUCAAGUAAAUGAUGGAAAUCUGGUGAAUGAUCGAUCACUAUCCUGCUACAUGUACUGCAUGUUGGAAGCUUUCAGUCUGGUGGAUGAGGAAGGUAAUUUAGAAUCAGAAAUGUUGUUGGGUUUCAUACCAGAUAAUUUUAAAGAAAUGGGUGCUGAUAUUCUCAAUGCUUGUGCAAGACAGGAUGGUGCGGAUGGUUGCGAAAGAGUAUUUAACGUUGCAAAAUGCGUUCAACAAAAAGUUCCUGAGUUAUGGUUCAUGGUUUAAAAAAAAAAAAAAAAAACAAAACGAAGAACACUACAAAUUUGGGUCAAAGGGGGAGGAGGAGCAGGGGAAAAACCUUGUAAAAGCACUUACGAUUAUUAGAAAUAUUGUUAUCUAUGUGUGUUUCUUUUUUUUUUUUUGGUUUUUUUGUUUGUCUAUUUGCGUU